AUGUCAGGUAUCACAAUUGUUAAUUUACCUCCACCAAAGACUCUUCCACCAGGAGGUCUACUCCCAAAUCCAAAGUUGCCACCAAUGGUUGUCAUCCCACCUGGAGGUGUAUUCCCAAAUCCAAAGGCUGAUUGGAUAAAGAGUACAACCGAGAAUUGCCAGAGCAUUAUUUUGGCCAACAAAGUUUCUACACCAUCGAACGAAUCAUCCUGUCCUCUCUACACAAUCCAAGCCAUCAUCACCUAUGGCCUUUCUUUGAUCCCCGGUUAUGGAGGCAUAGCAAGUGCUGUCGCCGGUGUUACAGUUGGAUUUAUCAAUGACAAUGCCAGCGCAGUGGAGAAUGGCUACAAGGCAAUGAUGAAGGAGGUGGCCGGAGACGCCAUCAUCAUGAACGACAUCGAGGGUCUCAAGGCCAAGUACAAGUCCUACCUCGACUUGCACAAGUACUACAUUGAUGCUUUGAAGGCUUAUACCUCUCAUGGCGAUGUAGGAAACUACAAGUCCGAGGUCGUUUCCAAGUGGAACUCAUUGGAGGCUUUCCUCACUGUCUUCAUUCAUGAUGCGUCGGUUGUGGGCAAAGAGGUCCAAGAACUGCAGAUGUACACCAUCUUCACAACCUGCUUCUUGUUGAUCUUGCGCGAGAAGUACAUCCAGGGCAAGAAAUGGGGCUUUGAUGAUGAGCAGCGUGGCGCAGUCUUGGAUCAGAUCAAGAAGCUCCAAUCCACCUCACUCCUGUAUUGCCAAACUACAUAUCGGAAAGGAAUGGAUAUGAUUCCACGCAAUCGCCGUCAGGUUGAUCAACAGUUUGGAGGAGAAGUGGGAUUCUACAACGACCUCAACACCUACCGCAACGCUAUGAUACUCAACGUGUUUGACGUAGCCAACUACUGGGAGUACAUGAUCCCCGACGAGUACCCCAACUAUGCCAUGGUGGAGAAUGUCCGCUACCUCUUCUCUGACAUUGCCGGAGUGCCAAUCAACAAGAAUGUUGCCGAUCUGGAUUCAAUGGCCUACUACCAGAACAGAUACAUCGACCUGGCCAACUUGAUGGAACUUCAUCAGGCAUACCAGGGCAAGCUCAACAUGGUCAAGAUCAAGUCUGGUCCGCUGUAUCCUUUCAAAUACAAGGGAGGCCCACGCAUUAUGAACAUCUACAACAACUAUGUCGAUGGAGGCGGCCAGCUUAUUGAGAAGACCUUUGGUGCACCAGUACGUGAUGACAUGGUCACUGAGGUCACCACAACAUUUUCCAGCACACCGAACGUGGUCAAGUUGGGCUACGAUGUGACAACAAAGGAGGUGCAUAUUGGUAGUGACACAAGCAAGGUCAUUGAGAUAGACUUUACAACAUCGGUCCCCAUUAAGAAGGAGUCGGACUACUACUACCAAGUGGUGACAAGAUCACCCUUUGUCCUAGGUGCCAACAUUCCACGUGCAUUCGACACUGUCGACCUGAAGGACCACAAGAUUUCUCAGGUCUUCUCUCUUGGCAUCAAUCAGAGCAUCAUUCCCGAGUUGAAGGAUGGUGGCAUUGUCGACUCUGUAGUGGUUGGAUUCCUCCCUGUCAAUGUCUUCCCCAACAACAUUCUCCAUCACUUGGCCAAUACAAUUGUCAACCCCCAGAAGUAUCUAUCCUACACUGGGACUCUGCUGGUCUUCAAGGACAAGCUGACCAUUGGCAAGCAUGUUGUCAAUCUGACCGCAGGCUCGUCUGUCACCUACCGUCUGGAGCCAUACUAUCUUGGAUCAAAGAUGACACUCAAGUAUCAAGUGAUUCUGAAGUGUCUGGCAAUCAACCCAAAUGGCUACAAGAUUGAUUUCACCUACAACAAUAAGACCAAAACAUCUGAGAGCAAGGUUGGAAUGAAGAUUCCUGCGAAGAUAUACCUUGCCCUUGAUUUCGUUGUAGAGACUGAUGUAGCUAUGGAGAAGAACCACUUUACUCUCGCAACAACAAACAAUAUUUUCCUAAUUGAUCUAAUCUUUGUUCCAAUAGCAUGA